AUCUCAGCCUUUUCUUCAAGACACGCCAACUGAUAUUUUAUAUAAAUCUAUAGUGAUACGAUUAUAUUAAAAGACAGCAAAUGGCAGUACUGUCAUGGCAAUAUUAUUUUUAUGAUACGUCUAAAUAUUUAUAGCAAAUAUCUGGAACGAGUGUCUUAUGAUGAUGUAAACUGUGCAACAUGUGAACAUUGUCUUAUCGUGGAAUAUCAAUAUGGAAAUUAAGACAGGAGAUGGUGAUACUGCAUCCAAUACAGAUAUAUAUACCAGUAGACACUGUGAGAGACGAGCAUAAGGAGGGAUGCCAAAGAGAGGGACAGCCUACGUAAUAAAAUGUUGUGUUUUACGUGUUGAUUUUUUUCUUCUGCCGAGUAGGGCAAUUAAUGACUUGGACGAUGUCACUUAUACAAAUUACAUGAACUUUUAUUGAUAUUGUUUAGGUCAACAGUGUGUUAUAGAAGAUUGUUACAUAGACAAAACGUAAACAUUACAAUGCACAUAGAGAGUAAAGACAUCGGGAUAUUUGUGUUAUAAAAGCUGGAACAAUUUGGCAGUUUUUGUUGGAUAAACUGUGUUUGGUUAAAGUGGAUUAUGUAUCAAUUAAGGACAGUUAUUGUGUAACUUUUAUAAUAUUAGCUUAUAGAGAUACUUUGAAUGGAAUGCCUUUAGAUAAAAGAAGGAAAAAUUUAGAUUGACUAAGCAAAACAUAAUGUGAAACUAAAGUGUAUAAUCCCAAUCAUACUAGAAACUUCCUUCAGCAUUUAGUUAAUUAUUUAAGGAGUAUCUAAAUCUUUAUAACAUUUUAUAGAGAUGUUGAAGUAAAAAAAAAGCAUCAGAGGUACCUAGGAAAAUGUCAAAUGGUGCAAAUAAAUGAAAUUUGCAGCGUGACUGUGACAAGAACUCUGUCACUUAAUUUUCACACCUUGUUUCAAGAUAAAUGACAUUUUUUUAUGAAGGACCUCUGGUAGCAUAUACAUGUAUAACGGUAACAAGGAGAUAUUGAUUAUCAGGCAGUUUUGUAUUUCAGCAUGUAACCAUUUCUAGAAAUAAAGGCAUGGUCUGUUUUGAUUCAUUUCAAGAGAGAAAUUACUAAUGGAAAGAUAAAUACAGGUUUUUACGCAGGAAAUGAAUUUACCGGUGUUUAUAAACAUUGUAUAUUUACAUAGAAAUAGGCUGAUGAAUGAUGAUUAUUAACUGUCAGUUAACAACAGACAGUCAUUGUUCAGGUAAUCAAUGAUUGAAAAAAAAAAAAAUGGAUGAAAACUGGUGACUUUGUGAGAAUAUAAAAACCAUGAUAACUUCUAAGUGCAUCAGAACUUGUGAGCCAAAGGAAAUUAGGAAGCAAUUUUCACUUGCUAGACAAUUUGCAGAAUUUUUGAAAAAUGAUGUUUUUCCGCCAGUAAAGAAGGACAUAUUAGUCUUGAAUCUUGAAUAAAGAUAAGAUAUAUGAAGAAAAAGGAACAUUACAUGUAAUAUAGAUGGCUCCACUUACCACUGAUUGAUAUUCCAAAGGAUGGGGAAUGUCCAUAAUCUGAGUGUUAAAAGUAGAAACCAUCAUUCCAGAACAAUGGAGGAGGAGUUGACAUGCCCUGUAUGUCUAGAACUGUUUGCUGAUCCACUUCUACUGCCUUGUUCACACAGUAUCUGUAAAAAAUGUCUUCAGGAUAUUGUUGAUAACAGAUACAAAUCAGGAAAAGAUGGGCUUGAUUGUCCGUCAUGUAGGAAAUCUCAUCCAGUCAGCAGAACAAAAGUGGGAAAACUUCCGCGGAAUUUAGCACUUGAAAAUAUAGUGUUCCGAUACCAGGAAAUACAGAGUCAGAGCAUGACUAGGUCACGUAAAAGUCUUGACCUCACUCUCGAUUUCCAAUCUCUUGCUUCUCUUGCUUCUCCUAGUCAGUGCGCAAGUCCACUUUCACCAGACGUUGAUAACAUUGUUUUUAGUGACGAUUUAUUAGAAUCGUGUGGACUGUGCGAGGAAAAUUCAUGUAGAAAAGCAUCAUGGUAUUGUGAACAAUGCUGCGUCGCCUAUUGCCAGUCGUGCCUUGAAAACUUUCAUCCAAAACGUGGGCCGUUAGCUCAUCAUAAGUUUAGAAAUCCAGUUAAAGACAGUUCGUCAGAGAAACAGGCAUAUUGUUGCGAUCACAAGGCGGAGGUGGCGGCAAUAUUUUGUGAUAAAUGCCAACUUUUAGUGUGUCAUCUGUGUGUAUGUGAAGGGGUCGGCAAACACUCACAACAUAAGAUCCUGUCUCUAGAUACAGCAUUAGUUCAAACCAAGGAGACAGUAUCGGGUACAAAAGAAAAACUUGACAGUAUGAUUGCAACAUUAUCUGAACAAAGUGCUAAGAUGAAUGAGAUUACAGAGGACAUUGAGAAUAUCCAUACUCAGGCUAGUCACAAAAUAGAUUUACAGUAUCAACGUUUGAUAGAUGAUCUAACAUCAAGUUUACGCCAACACCGUCAUGCCACUCUUCAUCGUCUUUCAGAGAGCAAGUCCAAAAUCCUUGCCAAACUUAGGACCCAGAUUGAAGAAAAUAGACAACAGAUGAAAACCAUGGAAAAUCUAAUGGAAUCUAGUAAGAAGUUAUUGGAUGAGGACCAUACCAAAGGUUUACUGAUGAGAGCAGCGGAUGUGGCGCCACUUGUACAGAAACAGGAAGCUGUAGCUGACAGGUUACACACCAGCAAGCAGGUUUUCCAGGAACUGAUGUCGGACAAGAUGGCGCAACAGGAUAUGAAACAAGCUGUCGCCACAUUCAAAUCUUCCUCCUUGUCUUGUCUGAAGAGUAUGCUAGUUGAUGAAGCUGAUUUAUGUCAAAGUAUUAUUCCGGUUAUAAAAUCACCGGCUUCACCAGGCAAGGAUACUCCGCGGGUUGGCAACAAAUGUUUAACUACAUGGGGCUUCAAUUCCUCGAGUUUUACAGCGGAACCCCUAACAUUCAAUGCCAUGUGGUCAGUAACAGUGGAAAAGAAUGCAAGUCAGAUGGGUGAUUUGAAAAACGGUUAUAUAUUUGGUGUAGGAAUCUCGUUUGGUAAACUUAGUUUAAAGGAUCAAGUUGGUAUGAACAGUUUAUCCCAUGGGAUAGUUUGCACUGGAGGAAAUCUUGUGUACUUGCAUAAUGGUAAAAUAGAACAGCUUAUGCCAUUGGAUGGUUUGCCUUUAUCUGUGACAAUCUACUGUACAAUUGACCAAUCGGAAGGCAUUUUACUUGCAUAUACUAUCACAGAUGCAACAUGGGGUGACACUCUUCAUGGGAAGAAAAUUCUAAUUGACCAAUUUUCAAGGAAAGAAGUAUAUCCUGUAUUUACAGUCAGUCAAAGGGUGAAGAUGCAAUUUCCAACCUAUGUAUAAGUGCAAUGUGUUCCUAAAUUUUUUUCUUCAAUUUAAAGUUGAACUUUUUUAUUGUGUGGCUGAAACCAUUCAUUAUUCUGAAAAUGUGAUCAUCUCAUUCCAUAAUAUAUCACUAUAAAGAUACUGUUCAAUGAAACAAUUUAUGUUUCAACAUAAUUUAAGCUUUAUUAUUCCAUAUACCUUACAAUGUAAAGUCAAUACUCAAUACCCAUUAAUCAAGAAACUCUAAAAAAUUAAAUACAUGCAUAUCAGUUAGAAAAAUGCUGAUUUUCAUGUAAAGGGAGACAAUUCAAUUUCAUGUCAAAGUCUUUAUAAUAAGUAAGCACAUCUGAUUUAUGAUAUAAUAUUAAACUGAUAUAAUAAUAUUAUGAUAUAAUAUUAAUAUUUUUUGAACUUCUUUUAUUUAAUCUAAUAUUACUUUUUAUUUAACUACUUGUAUUUUCUGAAAUUUUCAGAAAGCACUCACUGUUUAAGUUGUACUAAGCAUUCUAUAUAAUUUUAAUAAUAUAUAGUAAUAUUGAAUUGUUAGUUUUCCCCUAUAUACAGUAAUCAAUGACGACAUUGUAUUACUAUAAGUUUUUUUUCAAUAUUUAACAACCUAUUGCAUACUUUAGAGAGAAAAAAAAACAAGAAUAUAUUAGACAUUUUAAAUAUUCUAGGCAGGUUAUAUUAAAUCUUGUUUAACUAAGCACUGAGAAAAGUUGAGCACGCUGUCCUACCAACAGCUCUUGCUUACUUUGAAAAAUCAUCAUGUUGAAAUAGAUGAUAAUUUUUUUAGAAGCAAAACAAGAUAUUUCUCAAAUCAGAAUAAUCACAGUGUUUUAUUUUCAAAUCAUCAAAUAAUAUACGUGCAUACUUAAAAUUUGCUUUGUCACAAUAUCACAUUCUUUGGUUUCAGAAAAAAAGUACAUAUGAGAAUCACCUAUGGUGCUAAUCAAAUGUACCGAUAAUAUAAUUUGCUUUAUUUAUUUGUUAUUUUUCUUUGGCAACAUUGCCGAUGCUUAUAUACAUUUGUAGUAUAUAAAUAUCAGUUAGUAUUCAUGAAUCAAACAGCAUUAAAAUUAGAAAAUGUUGAUAGGACUCGUUAUUUGUUUAAUUUUUUUUUUUUUGUAAAUGUAUGUAAAGUCAUUGUUACAGAAAACAACUGCAGCCAUCACUUAAUUGUAUUAUUCAAUCAAAUAGUACUAGUAUGUUUCAUAAAAGUGACAUUCAUUGUCAAGUUGAUCUAAAUUGACCAUAUACAAUGUAUCUAAAAAAUUUGACUGAUAAAAUGGUGAUUGACCAUUAGUUGAUAUUGGAAAAUGUUUAUGAUACAAUAUAAAUCUGCCUAAAAUAUAAAAAGACUGUCCCACUCCUUAUAAACUGAACAUUACAAGUAAAGUCUUCUGAUGAAUUUACAGAAAUUUCCUUUGGCCAUGUAAGUUAUUAAUCGUUUAUGAGAAGUAAAUUAUUAAAUGCAAAGGAAUUAUGGCAAUAUGAAAACUUAUUUUGACUUUCACCUGUUCCCUCACUAUAUAUACAUGUACCAUUGAAUGGGCAUAAUGUCACUUUAUUGUUUACAUUAAAGCAGCAUGCCUCCAGUUGCAUACCAAUUUUCAUGAAAAUUUUGAAAAGGUAUUUAAAAGUGAAAUAUUGUGAAGUAACCAAAAGAAAGCAAUUUACACAUAAUAAAUGGCACUUCCAAAACACGUUAACUAUCAAAAAAGGGUCAAAAUAUGCAGAGAUAACCCUUACUGCGUUAGUAACGCAGUAGAAAUACAGUUAAAAAUACUGAAAAAUCGGUCAUUAAUCACAAAUAACAUGUAAAUUAUUACCUGAAUCUUAAAUAUUUUUACUUUUCCUAACUUAUUAGUAUCUUUUACCCAUAUUUGAUAUUGUAGAAAUAGUUUUGCUCAUCUGGAGGCGUGUAGCUUUAGCAUGUAAAUAUUGCUGAAUAAUUUUAUGAAACCAAACAUCAUUGUUUUUUUGCCACAGAUUUUGGGCAGAUCCAUGCAGUUUGAGCAGGCUCCAAACAGUUGACUGAAUAACUUUAAUCAUUGAUAAUGGACUGGUCCAAAAUGGAAGUAGGGCAAGUCCAUUUUAAAUGAACAGGUAAACAAAGGAAUAAGGGCAAGUCCAUUUUAAAAAGGAUGAACAGGUUAAGAAUAAUAGUACCUAGGUAAAUCAUGUUAUCAUUUUGUAUUAUUGCAUGUAGAUCCAUUUCGUUUAUUUAUAAAAUGGCAUUUAUAACUUAUUGUGAAUAAAUUAAACUUAUAAACAUUUUGAAA